AGACUAAACUGUCCGAACGGAACUCGUGACGGGGAUGGGCACACACAGAUUAAGCGUAGAAGCAACAGCGUCCACAUCAAAUCUUGAUUCUCGGUGCGUAGAAAACGGUGGUCAGACAACGUCGUGUUGGCUCCAAACGGAAAAGAUGCUGCUGCUGUGCUGUAGAUUGUGGCCAAGGCUUCUGUUUUUGGGACUGCUUUCGGUACUGGUGAUGUUAUGCCUGCUGCAGAGCAGUGCCGCACGCGUUAUUUAUUAUAAUGUGCUCAACAGUAAUCAGAGCAUAGAGGCCGAAAGUAACAACGAUAUCAACACCAUCGGUAAGGGCAUGUUGUUUGAAGUACGACGCCUCGAAUGCAGGCGUGGCUACAUGCAUGAUCAUCACAAUCGCUGUCGCCGAAUUGUAUAGCAACCUUUGGACUAAGGCUCGUUAACUUAUCGAUGUAUCCAGAAGUCAUUAACGAUUAAGCAUUAUAAUAUUUCAUAAAAACUACGUCACAAGACUGGAGCGAAGCGAUACUUUCAUGAUGAAAUAAUGAGAAGUUUCACGAAUAGCAAAUGGCAACGGCAGAUACUUUACAGAUACCGAAUAAGACACGGCGACAGAUACAGAAUACACGAGCACAAGACACACAUAUUUUUAAGAUAAAGGGACCAUUAGGCACUGACUCAACCAUCUAUUUUUAUAUCGAUAAAAACCCGCUACGGUGGCGUUAGCUUGGUCACAUUUUGCGGAAUUUUGGGACGUGGUGUCACACCAGCUGGUCUGUGACGUAGCUAGUGGCUUCCUAGGAAAGCCAUUAGACAACAACAACCGCUGAUUAUAUUGUUUAUCAACUCAUGCUGCUAGCGUCUUUUUAGUGGGAACAGUUAUGGUGAAUAGCCACUUAAAAUGUAGAAAACAUUAAUGUCUGGCAUGGUGAUCCCCUUGCAUUUCUGAAUAUUGGUAAUGAAAAUUCGCCCAGUUUGUAUGUUGAAUAAUUAUACCGAAAAUACAUAUGUAUAUCAACAA